AUGAAUAAGUUUUAUAUUCAAAUUUCUUUUUUUCUUUUAACCAUCUUCGUAUAUGUGAAUAACAAAACCCUUGCAACUGAGAUAGCUCCAAAAACAAAAAUCGAACAAAAAACAAAAAUCCCGUCAAUACCAAAAAUCGUAUCAAUAAUCGUAUCAAUAACCUUAUCAAAAACCGAAUCAAAUACCGAAUCAAAUACCGAAUCAAAUACCGAAUCAAAAACCGUACCACAAACCGAAUCAAAUACCGAAUCAAAAACCGUACCACAAACCGAAUCAAAUACCGAAUCAAAAACCGUACCACAAACCGAAUCAAAUACCGUACCACAAACCGUACCAAAAACUGUAUCAAAAACCGUACCAAAAAACGCGCCAAAAACCGAAUCAAAAACCAAAUCAAAAAAAAAAACCAAACCCUCAAAACAUUAUCCUAUUCUAAAAGAAAUAUGUGAAAAAAACAAGGACCUGUUAUGUACCAAUUCAGAAGAAUUUAAACAAGCGGUCGAAUUUAUGAACGAAGCGGUAGAAAAAUUAGAAUAUUAUGCUAUAAAUGAGAAUACUUAUAAAUUAUAUAGAAAAAAAUCUGAUCAUCGUAUGGAUCUAUAUAAAACAAAAAAUAAAGACCAUGCACAAGUUAAAAAAUAUUAUUAUUCAACUUAUGAUCUCGAUAAGUAUAAUGAAACAAUGAAUAAGUUAAGGAAUUCCGAUCGCCUCAAUCCUUUCAAUACAGGCGAUGUUAAAAUUGUUCGUGUGUACAAUCCAAACUUAGUAAUGAUACAACAACGUUACAAAAAAAAAUUGGGAUCCAGUCAGAGAUAUUUUUAUGCUUUAGCUACAAAGGUUGAAAUAUCAAAAGACAGAACUAUAAUUGUCAUGGCUUCAGGAAAUAUAAAUGAUCACAAUCCUUCCAGUAAAGAAUAUAAAAACACUAUCGUAGAAAGUGCAAAUUUAUUCAAAACUGACAUUGAUUCUGAAGAAGAUAUUAGAAAAGGAAAAUUAAAAAAGACAUUUGUUAACAUAGCUGGAUACCUCAUUGAAAAAAGAGAAUGGCGUGUUGAUAUCACCUAUGUCGAAUCUGAUUCAUUUUUAUUAAUUUGA